AAUAUUUUAAAUUGAUGUGGCAACUAUGUAUAUUCACGAGUAUUCGGAAUCAGUUAUUCAAACCUAAAAGUUGAAGAUAAUAUAUUUAUUCAAAUAAAUAUCUAAUAUUUUUAUAAAUUCCAAUUCACUUUCUAGAUGCACCUAAUUCAAUCAAAUAUAAUUUAUAGAUUGCCAAAAACAUCUAUUUGCCUUUAAAUUGAUGUUUAGAAACAGUGUCAUAUUAGUGUGUUUACAAGUAUAAAGUAUAAAUUUUAAACUGUAUAUAUUACUUCAAAAUGUACACAAGGGGAUUUAUUUUGUUAAGAAGACUGAGCACGGAUUCGAAAAAUACGAAAUUCUUCACAACUCCUAUUUAUUAUGUGAAUGCAAAACCCCACAUUGGUCACCUAUAUAGUUCGUUAAUAGCAGACGCUGCUCAAAGAUGGCAGCACGUCUAUCAAAAAAGCUCGUUCGUCAAAUUUUCAACAGGUACUGACGAACACGGUUCGAAAAUUCAACAGGCAGCCGAAAAAAACAACACCACUCCUGAUAAAUAUUGUGAUAAAAUUUCGUCCGAAUUCCAGAAAAUGGUUUCAGAAUUUGAUAUUAAUUGUACAGAUUUUAUUAGGACUAGUGAGACGAGACAUAAAGACACAGUCGCUAAGUUGUGGAGAGUAUUGAAUGAUAGCAAUCAUAUAUAUUUAUCAAAAUAUGAAGGAUGGUAUUGCGUUUCAGAUGAGACAUUUUUGACAGAAUCUCAACUGAAAGAAGUAACAGUAGAAGAUGGUAAAAAAAUUCUAGUAUCUGAAGAAAGUGGAAAUCCUGUCGAGUGGAGUAGCGAGGAAAAUUAUAUGUUUAAAUUGAGUGCUUUCCAGGACGAUCUUAACUACUGGCUCAAAAAUAAUGAGGACGCGAUAAGACCCAGAAAAUUUCAUAAGAUACUUCUUGAUCUAAUAAAUAAAGAUGAUGGUUUACAAGAUUUGUCCGUAUCUAGACCGACUUCAAGGGUUCAGUGGGGUAUACCAGUACCCGCCGAUCCAUCUCAAAAAGUUUACGUUUGGUUGGAUGCCUUAGCAAAUUAUUUAACUGUCUCCAAGUAUGCAUCCGACGAGGUAACUUUCAAAAAAUGCUGGCCUCCAGAUGUACAAGUCAUUGGAAAAGAUAUUUUGAAGUUUCAUGGAAUUUACUGGCCGGCGUUUCUUUUAGCGGCGAAACUUGAGUUGCCAAAAAUGAUUUUCUGUCAUUCUCAUUGGACUGUGAAUAGUGAAAAAAUGUCGAAAUCUAAAGGAAACGUCGUUUGUCCUAUUGAAAGUGCGAAGAAGUAUACCACAGAUGGAAUGCGAUAUUUUCUUCUUCGCGAGGGGGUGGCGCAUAGUGAUGGAAAUUACAGCGAUAUCAAAGUUACCAGAAUUUUGAAUUCCGAAUUAGCGGAUACGUUAGGAAACUUGUUGAGUAGGUGCACAGGGACGGCUUUAAAUCCUAAACAGAUAUUUCCCAAAUUGAAAUCGGAUGUUUUGGAUGAAAUGAAACAAAUAGAUGUUACCAAAAAAUUAAUCGACAGUGUGCAAAAGUUACCAGAUACGUGUCGUGAUUAUUAUAUACAACUAAAUUUCUAUAAAGCUGUCGAUUCAGUUAUAGCUACUCUUCAUGUGGCAAAUCUUUUCUUCGAAACGUUAAAACCUUGGGAAUUGAAAAAAAAUCCCGAAAAUCAUGCGAAAUUAGACGUAGCUCUUCAUCUUACUUUGGAAACAUUGAGAAUAUCAUGUAUCCUACUGCAACCAAUUGUACCGAAUCUUGCGAAUGUUGUAUUAGAAAAAUUGAAUGUUCCUGAAGACAAUAGAUACUUUGAAAAUGUGAAAACAUUUUCUUGGAACAUUAAAAAUUCUAGUGAGAAACCUUUAAAACCGGAAAAAGUGGUUCUAUUCAAAAGGAUAUUAACUGAAGAAGAUACUAAAGUAAAAGUUAAAAAAGGUUUAUAAUAAUAUAAAAAAGGAUUUUUAUUAAUUUAUUAACAUGUUUAAAUAAAUUUAAUUAUCUAAC